AUGUAUGCAAUGCGAUUAACACAUACUGGUGAAGAUGGUUUUAUGCUUUAUAUUUCAUCAGAAUAUGCUUUAUGUGUAUACGAUAUGUUAAUGAAACAAGGUAAAGAUUAUGGAGUAAUCAAUGCUAGAUACUUUACUCAAUGUACUCUUCGAACUGAACGUAUGUACCCAUUAUGGGGACAUGAUAUCGAUAAGAAAACAACACCAUUUCAUUUAAAUAGAGAAUAUCAUAUAUCAUUUAAUGUAAAAAUAAAAUCUAAUUAA